AUGACGAAGGCUGUCGAAAAUGUUCUCAUACAAUUUAAGGAAAGAUUUGGUAGGUAUCUUAAAACGGCACAGUUCGACGAUAGAAAGGAAUUCUACAAUGUAGGAGUAAAGACGUUGCUAAAAGAUCACGAUGUUCACUACUUUUCCACAAGAACCUUCCGGAAAGCCGCACUUGUCGAGAGAUUCAAUAGGACCCUGAAAACAAGGAUGUGGAAAUACUUUACGGAAAACAGGACAAAAGUUUGGGUAGACAUCUUACCCGCUCUCGCUAGAUCCUAUAAUAAUUCCACACGCAGGACAAUAGGAAUGAAACCAGCGGAUGUGAAUGAGGAAAAUAAAGAUGAAGUUUGGACAAGAAUCUACGGAUAUCCACUAAGCAGUUUUCCGGAUCCCAAAUUUAAAGUCGGGGAUCACGUUAGGGUGGAAAUAAAGCACAAGACCUUCGAAAAGGGAUACGAACCAAAUUUUGACAACGAAGUAUACGUCGUUACAGCGGUGUUCCGGGGAGACCCCAAUAUGUACAGUCUUAAGGAUCCGGAGGAUGGUGAGGAUAUUUUGGGGAGGUAUUAUGAACAGGAAUUAUCUUUAGACUUAAAUAAAAAUGGAGGAUAACACAGAGCUGGACAACCUUAACCUGCCGGAAGGAGCCGAAGGGGGUGAGGACGAUACAGUUAUUGAUGAUACACCUAUUGACGAGGAUGACUUUCUAUCAGGACUAACCGACGAUCAAAGACUAGACGAUGCAAAGACCUCCAGUUUCCGUGAAGAGAAUAGGGAUGACUCCUACAGGAAUAAGAAAAAGCAGUUAGACGAACUAAGCACAUACGGAAAAUUUGAUGACAUAAAGGUAGAAUAUAUGUUAGGAGGCUCUUUCAAACCGAGUACCGAAUAGACCCAACCGACGGACAAAACUCUAAAGAACUUGUCUCCCGUCUGGACCUCACUAAGAAUAAGCUAACAUUUAGCGGAAAUGAUGUUGCAUACAUCGAUACGCGUGGUGCAUACAAUUUGUCUAAGGAUAAAAAAUCCGCCGGAUCUGUAAAGGCAUUUUUAAGGCUGUACGCAGAAACACUCAAAGAACACAGGAGUAAAGCCAAAAGUGUAGUCGAAGAGGAGACCGGAAGAGAAACAUCAAGGGCAAACGUAGAAGAAAUUUUUGAGGAUGCAGAGGAGGAAUUCCGCCAGGAAGUCACCGACACAGGCGACAACCUCGUGGAACACGCAAGAGAGUUAGAGGAAAGGGGAAAAAUAACCAUACAGGAGAGGAGGGAAUUCGCGGGAGUAACCGCCCCCAAAGGACCCCCCGAAGUCAGGAUUGAAGCCUUAAGGGAACAGAAGAAAGUAUUUGAAACCAAUAUAGAACUCGAAACAGAUCCUGAAAGACAACAAAUUAUGCAAGAGGGUAGGGAUGUUGCCGAACAGUGUAUCAACGACGGUAGGCUAGAGAUGGGUCAGCAACCCCAAACGGAGGAGGGAAAACGCAGGUAUAGGGAAAUAGUAAGAGAAAAUAUCAGGACAAAAUUCGAAAGAUUCCGCAAAUGGGCAAAGGAAAACCUAGCCACACUAGCCGCUAUUGUUAUUUCCAUCGCCGGAAUCAUAACUACAGUCGUGGUAGCUGGGAAGAAACCAUCGUGGGAGCCUCCAAAGGAUUAG